CCGGAUCAAAUCAUGACCCAAAAUCAAACUAAAACCAAAAACCCUAGCCGUAUAUAUACUUAACAUAGCCACUCCCCAUAAUCUCUCGCGCAGAAAAAAAAAAAAACCCUAGCUGUAGCAGCAUCGUCAACUUCACUCGAUUCUUUCAAGAACUCUCAAACAAUGAAGAUUGUUGCUGCAUAUUUGCUCGCCGUUUUGGGAGGCAACACCAGUCCUUCUGCCGAGGACUUGAAGGAAAUCCUCGGAUCCGUUGGAAUUGAUGCUGAUGAGGACAGGAUUGGGUUGUUGUUGUCCCAAGUUAAAGGAAAGGAUAUCACUGAGUUGAUUGCAGCUGGUAGGGAGAAAUUGGCUUCAGUGCCUUCUGGUGGUGGUGUUGCAGUUGCAGCAGCAGCAGCUCCUGCUGCUGGAGGUGCUGCAGCUCCUGCUGCUGAGGCCAAAAAGGAGGAGAAGGUUGAGGAGAAAGAAGAGUCUGACGAUGACAUGGGUUUCAGCCUCUUUGACUAAGAGAAUUGUUUGCUACUUUUAUUUGUAUCAAGGCUUCUUCCUUUUAUCUUCCUAAUUAGUUUGGUAGUUGAAAAUUACAAGUUUGUUUUUGGUCUGUAGUUGAACAUGUUGUUAAGAACUUGUUUUUUCUUUUGGAAUUUUGGUUAGAUAAUGGCGAUUUAAAAAUUCCAGAUUUAAUUUUUCUAA